AUGACGAGCCUGGUAGCGAAUGGGGACACGUCCCUUGUCUCUGAUGAUAGCCCCAUCAACGGGACACGCCGAUCAGGAAGGGCAAAGAAGGUGCCCCUCAAGUAUGUCAUUCCCGCAGAGACAACGAAGCCCAGCGAACCCAGCCAGCCCCCCAUUAGGCAGAAUCGACCUAAGCGAAAAGCCGCCCAAAUUGCUGAGCAGAAUAUCGUCCCCGAGGACAUUGGCCCCCUCCACGAAGAGUUGUUCUCCAGCAUGGAUUAUGAUGAACGGAAGAAUUACCAUGGCUGGGUCGAGCUCGAGUCUGAACCUGCCUUCUUCAAUGCAAUGCUCCAAGAGAUGGGUGCGAAGAACCUCAAAGUUCAGGAACUCUUUGGACUAGAUGACAUGACGCUGUCAGAACUACCGCAGCCCGUACAUGGCCUGAUAUUCCUCUACGAAUGGACCAAUGCAGACGAAUCCAGCGAUGCUCGUCAGGACUGCCCGGACAAUCUCUGGUUUGGCAACCAGACUACUGCUAAUGCUUGUGCUACUGUUGCAUUAAUAAAUAUCGUCAUGAAUGCAAGGAAUGCCGGUCUUGGCCCUGAGCUGCAAAAGUUCAAGAACCUAACCAUGUCGCUGCCUCCUCCCCAUCGAGGACAUGCGCUUGACAAUAACGACUUUAUCCGUGGAAUCCAUAACUCGGUAGCUCGUAGCCGAGCAGACCUCAUCAGCGAGGACCUGCUCCUGGAGAACAAAUUCGAAGUCGCAGAGAAGAAGAGGAAGCUGACGGCACCAAAGAGGAAGGCGCUGCCAACAUCCCGCAAAAAGGCCCAACGGGAGACGAGCUACCACUAUAUUGCAUAUGUACCCGUCGAAGGUCAAGUCUGGGAGCUUGACGGCUUCGAGGCCAAGCCCCUCUCUCUCGGUCUUUAUGAAGACUCGUGGCUCAGCACCGCUAGCCAGGCAAUCCAAGCCCGUAUGCUGCGCGACGAUAGCGAGUUCAUGUCUUACAACCUCCUGGCCAUCUGCCAAUCCCCUUUGACGACCAUAUCGGACAGCCUCGCGGCGAACCUAGCCUGCGCGCAUGCCCUCGAAGGGCUUUUCAGCGGCGGUCUAAGUUGGAACGUUCCCAGUCCAUGGAAGACUUUCCCCGACGACCGCCUGGCCAAGUUCAACCUCAGGCGCGAUCAGAUCACCGAGCGAGAGCUGCCUGCCACCUUCACCUCGAAAUCGAGCCGGCCUGACUUCGAUCUCGCAGCCGCGCGGAAGCUGGCUGAGGAGCUUCACGCAGAUCAAGAGGCGCUUGAGGCGCAAUACGUCGCGGAGCUUGCGACGGUACAAGAGGCCGUCGAGAUGAUCCGUGGGCGACAGCGGGACUACACGCCCGCCGUGCACCAGUGGGUGCGUCUCCUGGCAGAGAAGGGCGAGCUGCGGGAGUUCAUCCAGCAGAUCGACCGCGAGUCGUGA